AUGCGGGUGACUGUGCGACAAUGCAACGUCUUUGACCCGGCGUUCAUGCGCAAGGUGAAGCGUACUCUCAGCGCCUACAAAGGCUCCAUGGAAACGUCGGCAAAGAAGUCGAUGUCGCGUGAGGCGUUCGUGGACAUUGACGAAAAAGGCGCCGCGUGGUACCUGGGCCACAUGCAGUCGGCUGCUAACAUGCUUGCCGACAAGGUGAAGGACGCGGACUUCAUUCUCGAGAUACGCGAUGCACGGCUGCCCUUUACGACGGAGAAUCCAAAUAUUCGCAAACUGACCGCCGGGAAGCCACGUCUUAUCAUCUUCAACAAGGCGGAGCUGUCAAACGAGGACAGCAAUCGCGCGAUUCAGGAAUACUACGAACGGAACGGGGCCUUUGCGCUCUUCACCAGUGCGCGGCGAUGCUGGAAGGACGUCGUGGAGGCGGUGCAGCGCUUCACCACGCACAUUCUGCCGCCACUGCCGUAUAAGACAGUCGCCCACGUUGGGCUUGUCGUGGGGAUGCCGAAUGUGGGCAAGUCGACGUUGAUCAACUCUCUGAGGCUCGCCCACGAGUAUCAGUUUCACCGUGAAGACUUCCGCCGCUCCCGAUCACCUGAGACGGUCUCCAUCACACCAGGCACCACGCGCGGCAUGAAGCUGGUCCCUCUCUCUAAGGACCCACCCGUGGUACUGUACGACACACCAGGUCUCACACUGCCCGGCUGCUUCACGAAAGAGUCGGGGUUGAAGCUGGCGGCGUGCGGCAUCAUCCCCACCAACGACGUUUCCCUUCCGCAGGGCAUGGUAGCGCGCUACAUCUACGACAUACUCGUUGCGUCCGGCUCAUCUGAGCACAUGGCUGAGUGUCUGCACCUUCCGCGCGUGCCAAUCAGCUUCGAUGACUGCGUCGCAAUGAUCUGUGAGCGCAGCGGCACAAGUGGGCACACCGAAAUGGGCAACCUAGACCCCGUUCGCGCGCACCGGUUCUUUGUGCACGACUUCACCAUGGGCAACCUGGGAAAGAUCACUCUCGAUGUGCUACCCCGGCGCGUGCUGCGCAGUGCUCAGUCGUCGAUUCCGCUGCUGGAGGGCGGAAGCAGCACCGCAGCCACGGACGGUGCGCAAGCCGCCGUGGGCGAUGAUGAUGGGUAUGUCUGGACGCACCAUGUGGAGACGAGCGACGUGGUCGAGCGCUACCCAGACCACAUGCGCGAGGUUCUGCAGUCGCUGAAGGGCCCACUUCAUCACGACGGGGUGCCACGCCGGCGUGGGGCACCGUCCGUGAAGAGCGUAGACAGCCCGUCCGACUGUACCGUCAUCAGCCGCAAAAAAGGACCUGUUAGUCGAGCCACGGCGUUCGAUGAGCAACUAAAGCGCCACACGCGAUUGGCGCCAGGACGGUGA